UGUACCCCAAGCUAGGACUUGUAAUCCCCACUUCUUUCUUCACAGCCCGGGACAAGACUUCCGUUUCUUCGUUUGUUACUAAUAGUUUUUUUCCUCACGUGACGCGCGGGGCCGCCCCCCAGCCUGGGGCGGAGGUUACUGGGAAGCUCCCGCCUUCCGACCCUUGCGGCCCCGCAGUUGCCGGGGAUCUUUUGCCCUCAACAGGGCUCGUGCUCGCUUUAGGUGCUCGCCCCAAAUGUUUCCGGCGGAGAGGACUUUUUCUGGGUUUUAACAGGUUCCUAGUGAAGAGGCGACCUUAGGGCGUUGCCACCUGUGGAGUCAAUUUAAAACUUCAUCUGGAUUUUAAGACCCACCGGAAUUUAGACUCUUCUUCCUCAGACCACACAACUGUCUACCCCUCUUGCUGUGUUAUAACUUUCCUUCAGCAUCACACAGACAGGGUCUCGUUCAGUCACUCAGGCUGGAGUGCAGUGGUGUGAUUUCGGCUCUCACUACCACCUCCACCUCCUGGGUUCAAGCGAUUCUGCUGCCUCAGCCUCCCAAGUAACUGGGACUACAGGUGAGGCUGCUGUUGGUCAGAAAGGAACUUUUGUACAAUUUGCCUUCAGACACAGUGUAUCUGCAUGUUGUAGAGUUUCAUUAUUAAGAAAAUAAAAUGUCACUUAUAUGGAUAAAUGUGUGAAAGAAAUUAUCUGCCAUCCUUCCCAGAAUGGAGAAUUUGUGUCUGAGAAUGAUAGAAAUAUUAUUGAAAUAGUAGAUUGACAACAAAUCAUGGAAAAUCUUGAAUGCAAGAUGGUUUUACUCAGCGUUUGGUGUGGUGGAUCUUACAUAAACUUUUAGAACUUGUAUUAGAGUGUUCAAGUCUUCUGAGACUCCAGAGUCACCUAAGGUACUUCUGUUCUUUACAAAUGGACAUAUAUACUGCCGAAUGGAAGGACCAUGGCAUCUCUUAGUAUUGCCAGUUUUUAAGUAGACCAGUGAGAAUAAAGAAUAUUCUUGAUAGUAUAGUGAAACCAAGGAAGUAUAAAGAAAUGAUUUGAAAUCUGGAUGGAGCCUUCCACAGUUUCAAACAUACAUAAAAAGCCUGCAUUUUCAGGGAAAAAAGGAAAAGAUUGUGGUGGUGCCAUGCAGCAAGAAGCAGAGAGAUGCAGAGUUCGAGCCAGAAGGCCUGACAUGGCACUUUAUGUACCAAAAGCUCGAAGGGGUGCAGUACUCCUUAAGACAGGUGAUGAAGAAGAAAGCUGUGGUUCACCUAACUCUGUGGUGAAAGAAAAGCAAAAAGAAAGUUCUCUCUCUCGAAAAGAAGUCUUUAGAGACAAACCAGAGGCUCCAAGACUAAGUAUCAGUCCUGACAGAAAGGAUCAUAACUGUAGAGAAGGAAAGAAAUCUUCAGCAAAAUUAAGAAAGGAUACAUGCCUUCAAAAAACAAAUAGCAUUUGUUCUAAGAGAGGAACCACUGAAUCCAAAGAAGCAUUAUCCCAAGGACAUCAGCAGGGAGCCCCACAUGCUGGGGUUAUACCUAAUACAUCUUUACAGAGACAUUUUAAACCAAAGAAGGGGGAGUGUUUGGAAGUUGAAACUACAGAUGUGACAGGGCAUGGGAGUAUACUUCCAUCACGGGCCUGUUCAGAAAUCAGUGAGGCUCAGUUUCCAAGCAAACCAUUCCGAAAUGUAGAAUUCUGUGACUUUGUUAGGCAUGAACCUGAUGGGGAAACAUUUGAAGACAAAGAUUUGGAAAGCAGAAUUGAAACCGAUGCCAAGGUGUUGGAGAUACUGUCUGAGUUUCCUAGAGUUUUUAGUUCUGUAAUGAAACCUGAGAAUAUGAUUGCACCAACUAAACUAAGCGCUGAUUCUGGAAUUGUACAACAAGGCAUGCAAACAUCAGAUGGAAUAUUGAAGCCCAACAGUGGAGGCAUCACCACUACUUCUGUUCCUGGAAGUCCAGAUGGUGUCUUUGAUCAAACUUGCAUAGAUUUUGAAUCUGAGAAUGUAGGUGGUAUAGCCAGUAGUACAGGUUUCAUCUUAGAUCAGAAAGAUACAGAUUCCAUUUCUGAAACUAUGGGUCACAUCUCUCAUAAAAUGAUUACAGUCAGCAAAUUAGAGAGCACAAAUGACACUGUUAGUCCAGUAAUGAUUAGAGAAUGUGAGAAGAAUGACAGCACUGCUGAUGAGUUACAUGUGAAGCACAAACCUCCUGACACAGUUGUCCUUGCUCAUGAAACACCUAGAGACAAUGGAUUUAAGAAUAUAGCUGACAUUACCAAUAAAGCAUGUAUGAUGGACACUAGAGGUAUGUCCUGUAGUGAUCGUGUAACUGUUGACAUCCCUUAUGUAGUUGCAGUUAGAAUAGCUGAUGAGACCUCUAAUAAUAAACAUAAUUUCUCAAAGUUUAUAGGAAUGAGUGCAGAUGCAACCCCUCUUCCUGUAGCUAGAAGUGGGAAUGAUACUGAAAAUUUCAGCAACCUGACUGCUUGCUCAGAUAUUUAUGCUGAGAGUAUUUCAUCGCGUUUUACAGAGUCACCAGGAAAGUUGAUAGAGAGCUUGUCAGAUUGUGAUUCCUCCUUACCUAUAAAAAAGAUUGCUGGUAGUAAUUGUAAGACUUUUUUGGACUCUGAACUCACUAUGUUAAAUGGGACAAAAGUACUUUCCGACAGUGCCAUGGGCAGUGAUCUGGGUAGUACUGGUGAUACAACAGAAGCAUUGCAUGAAGUAAGAAGUGCUGAAGAGUUCAAAACAAAAGAGCAAGAUGACUCAGAGGAUAUAGAAUUUGGAAUGUCUCCUCCUAAUAGGGAAUCAUUAUCUAUGGAAACAUCCAUCGAACCAAAAGCAACGGAAACUUCUCACACAGAGGGAAGUACUGCCACUGAGGAGAGCUGGGAGUCUAUGUUUAAUGAUGAUGGUGACUGCCUGGAUCCACGUCUUCUACAAGAGUUAUCAGGGAAUACGAAGAGCAGAGAAAGCAUCCAGGAACCUAGAUUUGAUUACUACAACCAUGAAGUUCCUGAUAUUGACCUCAGUGAUUGUGAAUUCCCACAUGUCAUUGAAAUAUAUGACUUUCCCCAAGAAUUUCGUACUGAAGACCUUCUCCGGAUUUUCUGUAGUUAUCAAAAGAAAGGAUUUGAUAUUAAAUGGGUGGAUGAUACACAUGCCCUAGGAGUAUUCUCCAGUCCAAUUACAGCUCGUGAUGCACUGGGUAUUAAACACACCAUGGUGAAGAUUCGUCCCUUGUCACAGGCCACAAGAGCAGCCAAGGCCAAAGCUAGAGCUUAUGCUGAGUUCCUCCAACCAGCAAAGGAGCGUCCUGAGACUUCAGCAGCCCUAGCCAGAAGGUUAGUCAUCAGUGCCCUUGGGGUUCGAAGUAAGCAGAGCAAAACCGAACGAGAAGCAGAGCUCAAGAAACUGCAAGAAGCCAGAGAUAUUUUCAGAUGUCAGGAUAGUAGACAGUGUGCUGGUGAAGAAUUAAGGAUCUGGGUUCCAAAUUCAGUUCUUUCACUGGCUGUGUAACCUUAGGCAAGUCACUUAAGCUUUCCAAGCUUCCGUUUCCUCAUCUUUAAAAUGAAGAAAUUAUUUCCAACCCUGACCUACAUUUCACUAUUCCAUUCAUGUUCUUGUAUUUCUAAAUUUACACCUCACGUUUCUUUGUGCUUCUCAAUUUGUCUUCCGACUCUUACUAGUUUUUUUUCAUAUGACUUAACAUUAGAAUCUAUUUACUUUUUUAGAAAGUGCUGGGAAAUGUUUCAGGCUGGGCACAGUAGCUCACGCCUGUCAUCCCAGCACUUUGGGAGGCCGAGGUGAGCAGAUCACCUGAGGUCAGGAGUUCAAGACCAGCCUGGCUAGCAUGGUGAAACUCUGUCUCUACUACAAGUACAAAAAAAUUAGCCAGACAUGGUGGUAUGUGCCUGUUACUCAAGAGCUACUUGGGAGGCUGAGGCAUGGGAAUUGCUUGAACUCAGGAGGUGGAGGUUGCGGUAAGUUAAGAUCACACCACUGCACUCUAGCCUGGGUGACAGAGAGAGACUCCCAUCUGCAAAACAAAAAAGGUUCAGAAUUGAACUUUCCAGAUUUUAGAAAGGUAAUAUGGUAUCUGUGUUUCAUAACACCAAAAUCAAACACAUUAAUAUUUCUGCAGCAGAGUGUAUGACUGUUCACUUUAAAUGGGAUGUGUAAAGACUAUAAGUGGCUUCAUAUCCUUUCAGGUUAGAUUUGCCUCUAUCAAUGAGUUUUGGCCCCAAGCUUUAAAGAAAGCAAUAACUUUGUUUUCAGAAUUGUUUUGAUUUUAGAAUUGUGUGUUAUUGGGCCAGUCAUAUUUUUCUACUGCUCUUGGAUGUCUUUUUAUAUUACUUUUAUGAUUUAAGUUUCACACCUUAUUGAAAAAUUGGAGUUCUAAUAAUUUACUGGUUUCUUCAUUUUUCCUUGGAACGUAGAACCAGAUUUUGAUUGAUUUCAUGCAUUGCCUUUGGAUCCCCUCGUAACUUCUCCAUGUUUGUAAGAAUCAAGACCAUUUCUGUCUUCCUAAGAAAUUCUAAAAUCCUUUUGACAAGCCACUUAUCCCUGUCUCUGAGAGAACCCCAGCGCAGUUCAAGCCUGCCUUAGUUCCAGGGCACUCUACCAGCCUUCAGUUUGCAAUUUGCAGACCACUGUUUUUUGCCUCUUUGUAACUUUGCUGCUAUAUUCAGAUAAUGCCACAAGAUGGUGCCCAAAUAGCAGUGAAUUUCUUUUUCUCACAUUUCCAAGUGCCAGUCAGCUUCAUAACCAACUUCUUUGUCCUUAAAGUACAGUCAAAUAUAGUAUAGGAAUGUUGUGGAUUUUACUGAUUAGGAAAGAUAGAAUAGCAAGUGUUUAUUCUGAAAUUCAUCUCAAUUUCUGUAAUCUUGGUUCAUGACUUGCUCAAUCUUACACAGACAUUAUAAAUUUGGAACAAUAACCCCUGGAAGGAAGCAUUUAGGCUUACCCUCUAUGAUGUAGGCUUAUCACCAUUUUAUGGUGUCAAGAUAAAUGACUAGCCAUGAAAUUGGAACUGUUAUUGUGUCACCUAAAGGAGUGCUUGUGUCACCACACUACUGUAUGGUCUGUAUUUUCUCAGACUGUGGUAAAAGUGCUAAAUGGAGAACUAAGCUUCUAUAUUAAAAAUUGAAGAUGGAUUAUCCAGAUUUGUAUAUUUUUUGUUUUUAGAAAUAGUUUUAGUUUUCCCUAUUGGAAUUGUAUAUUCCAGAAGAUUUCUGGCUCCUGGAAGUGCUCGAAAAUAUUGAAAUUUGGUUUGCCUCUGAAAUAUUUUUUCAAUAAAGUUGUAGAAUUUUUUUCAAUAAAGUUGAUAUGAGUAAAGCCCAGGGGCUACCACUUCCAUUUAAGCAACAAAAUAGUCAAUAACAUGUUCUUGAUACCUAUUGAAAUAUUUAUAAUGAUCAGUAAGCUGGGAAUAAUGGGCAAUCGUGUUGAAGCACUAAACAUAGUUGAAAAGUAGAAUUUAAAUAUGUAUUAGCAAGACUAGAAUCUGAAUCCUACUGGAUUCUGACUUAUUCCAUAUACUUUUAAUUUCUGUUAGCCUCAGAUUUUUUUAUUAUAUAGUUAUAAAUGUAAUGACUUAUAGUAGUUAUCAUUUUCACUUACAAAGCACUUGGGAAGUGAAAGGAAUUAACUCUUGGAAUCAGCUAAGGGAGACCAGGAUAUCCACUUGUCUCAUGACUAAAGUUUGCCUUGUAAUUUGGAUUAAGAGAAAGUAACUGAUUAUAUGAAGUGGACAACCAUGU